AUGAGUACCGAUAACGAUGUCAACGUUCUCAAACCUUACCUUGAAAAAAUAAUCAAAUCCAUCAAAACAGCUAUUGAUCAGCUCAAAUCUAAACAACAAGCAGGUUCUUCCACCACCACAACAGAAACUCCAGCUACCUCCGACGAUCUACUUCUCCUAAACUCAACUCUCAACACUCAGGUCAACACAUUUUCAGUAGACGAAUCUGAAAAUGAACUUCUCGAAAAGUUAACCUCCGAAAUUCAAACAACAUUGGCUAACGGUCUUCCACAUCUGAGUAAAAUAUGUGCCGAAUAUCUCGAAGAUUUUCUUCACUCCUACAACUUCGACAGUCACACACGUAAGUUUACCUCACCACUCACGAUGAACUCUCUACAUCCGUUCUGCCGAGAAAUAGAAGCACUUCAUGCUUCACUCGACGCUUUUCCAGCUGCAUUCAACGGCGAUAUCACAAAGGUUAAAAAUUUCAUUAAAACGUUUCCAAUGUAUAAAAAUCGUCCAGGUCUAUGGAAUACGACUCUGCUCUACUCAGCUGCACGAAAUAAUAAGUUGGAGCUUGUACAAUAUCUUGUCGACGAAGCUAAAUGUUCUGUUAAUGCUCAAAACCAACGUGACCUCAGCUAUGCUCUCGAUGAGGAAGACCCUUCCAUGCCACCUCCUCGUGCUACAGCUGCCUCUACGGCACUUCAUGCAGCCUGCUUCAACGGUCAUCUAGACAUCGUCAAAUUUCUUGUCGACCACAACGCCGAUUACUACAUUCGAAAUCAAUUACUCGAAACACCUAUUAUGAAUGCACUACAGAGUGCACAAGUGAAGGCAUACUUUGAUAGUCUUCUAACUUCAUCUUACUCACCAGAGGCCGCUCCCGAGAAUCUUCGACACGAAAAAACUAUUCUCGAUGAUGAUGAACGUCCAAAGCAAGAUUGUAAGUGGGAGUAUAAACCAUUGCAUGAUGAUUCAUGGUACGAAUUUAAAGACUUUGAAUCUCCUCAAUUUCAUGAAAAACUUUUGCCAACUGCAAAGUUUCAAUCACAAUUUCAUCUGAAGGUACGUCAAGGUUUAUGGUCCAUCUCUUUAAUUGAAUUUAAUCGAAGUGCAAAUAAAGCAUUGACAGACCACGAAGCUAAAGGAAAUAUUGCCUGGAUUCGUUGUCGUGGUUCAAGUAUCUUGAACUUUGAUUGCUAUUGUGUAUGGCAAAUUAUGUUAAUCAAAUAUACCCCUCCAAAUCAACAAGAGAAAAUCGAUUCUGAACCAUCACUCGAGUUUCAACACCUUCCAAACACCUUCAACAGUCAAUUCAAAGUCACAAUGAAAACAUGGUACUAUUGUGAUGCAAAAACGAACUCUCUCCUCGAUCAGGCAAUGAACUAUCGUCGAAAACUCGUUCAACUCAACAUCCCGUUCAUUGCAACCACAGAAAAGGUCACAUUUAACCUUCAAGAAUUUAGCUUUGCAAAUUCUUCGAAAAACACCAUCGGCUAUCUACGCUGGCUUCCCAAACUCAUUUCAAACACUGAACAGAACAAGACGAAGUUGGUUUAUUUAACAAAUGAUGAACGUUCAACGACGAAUCUCGAUCCAAUGCCAUUGACAACAAAACGCCUCGAAGAAGUCAACAAGUCAAAGAGUGGCGGCACCGCCGAUAUUGACAUGGUUGCAAAAAAUAAUGAAGACGAAAAUGAUCGGGACGAUGAUGCUAUUCGAGAGAAUGAAACUCGAACUAAUGAUGAUGACUAUGGCGAAAUGGAUGAAAAUAAUGUGGUGAGUGAAUUUUAG